AUGGGUAUCAGUGUGCCGAUUAAGCUUCUCAACGAAGCGCAAGGACAUAUAAUAUCUCUGGAACUCAACAAUGGAAUUUCCUACAGAGGUAAACUUAUUGAGGCAGAGGAUAAUAUGAAUGUGCAAUUGAAAGAUGUUGUUGUUAUCGGGAAAGAUGGCUCUACGCAAAAGGCAUCCCAGGUGUACAUCAGAGGAUCCCAGAUCCAGUUUUUUUCCCUCCCAGAAAUACUUGUACAUGCUCCUAUGUUUGAAACUUCCAAAGGCCAGGUUUCGAAGAAAAAUUAG